AUGCGAAUGGACUCACAUUUUCAAUCGUGGGCCUUCAACGUGCACAGACGUCGUCGGCACUGCGUCGGUUCUGCGGAUGGCGCCUGUCCGCUAAUGCGCGCCUACGCCAAGCCGAGCCGACGCUGUGCCGCGCUGUGCUACAAUUCCUUCAGGUCAACCAAUGAGGGACAGCUCCAUUCGGCACAAGGUGAUGGAUCCAUUUCAGCACAGCAAUCAUGCCAACUCGGUGAGGGGUACGAAAAGCCCAGAAGCAACAACAACAACUCCGACAACGACAACGACGACGACGACACCAGGAACAGGAGUAGUAACAGAAGCAGUAACAAAAACACCAAAUCUAAGGCGUACCCUUGCACCAUCACCACCACCAGCUAA